AUGUUUUCCACAACCUUCACACCAAAAGAACGUUUGUUGAGGGAAAGACGAAUGAAGAGAGCUGCUGAUGGCAGUGGUCGUCAUAAUUUUAAUAACAGGGAAACAAGAUCUUCAAUACGUUAUCUAGAACUUCAUGAAAUAUGGUCUUUAUUUAUGGAUAUUUGUAAAGGACUGGCUCAUUUACACAGACAUGGUAUUGUCCAUAGGGAUUUGAAACCAUCAAAUCUUUUGUUACAUUACAAUAAUCCAAAUGAUAGAGCUGGCAUUGUUUUAAUUUCUGACUUUGGAGAAUGUGAAGUAUUAGAUCAACUUACAGAACGUGAUCGAACUGGAGCAACAGGAACCCUUGAAUUUAUGGCUCCAGAAUUAGUCACUGUUGAUGACAAAGGAAAAUAUCUAAAAGAUUACUCUCCAAAAUCUGAUAUAUGGUCACUUGGAAUGGUUCUUUAUUACUUAUGUUAUUCACGACUUCCAUAUCAUCAUGUGGAUGAUGUUGACCUUUUGAAACAGGAAAUAUUGGAUUUUAACCUAGCUUCAUUCCCUGAAAAUAAGAAUACAUUCAUUCAUGAACGUAAAAUUCCUUCACAAAUAAGGAAUUUAAUUAAAAGAUUAUUAUCACGUAAUUCAAAGGAUAGACCUUUAUGUGAUGAAAUAUUAAAAUCUAUUGAAGAUAUACAGAAUAGCUUCAAUGUUAGAGAUGCAAAAUCAGUGUUUGUUGAUAAAUUUGGAGCUUCAACAAUAUCUAGUUCAGAUAUACCAGCAGCUGCAUCAAAUUCAACAUCUUCUGAAUCUAUUAUUAUUGAUAACAAUGUAUUGGGCACUAGCAGUAUUGAAGCUUCAAAAAUUCCAUCAGAUACUGGCAACUUAUCAAGUUUAAUUGAAAAAGAAGAAAUUAUAGUUGAGGAAUUUGCCAAUAAAAAUUUAUUGAAAAAUGAAAUAAUUUCUUCAAAUUUACGAUUAAGACAUCCUAAUGUUAAUGAACGAAUUGGAAAUGUUGAAGAAAAUGUUGAAUUACCAGAAUCAUCAUCAUUAUUUGAUACAAUUGAUAAUAAUGAUAAGAAGGCUGUACUUUGGAUAUUACCUCCAUCCACUCCAACAUAUAAAUUUACUUAUUUGAUUAAUCUAAUCAUAAUGAGAUCAAGAAGAAACACCUUUAGUUAUGGCGAUCCACAAACACAAAUUUACUCAACAGCUAAUUCAAUAAUUUCUAAUAACAUUAACAGUCGUUAUGAACUUGUUCCUUAUUCGAAAGAAUGGACGAUUAUAUUACGUAACGAACAUUCGGGUCAAUUAGUGUUAUAUAAUACUUCAAAUCAUCGUGUUUCACUUCAACAAUUACCACAUACAAGUGAACAUGUUACAUCGACUCAGAUUUUAACUACACCUCAUGCGUGCAUUAUGUGCAGAAGACCAUUUGACAGUCCAGAUGGUUCAUCAGCUAGA